AUGUCCAGGACGAGAAACGACAGUGUAAACCCUGAAAACGAGCCGGGUGACCGUAGGACCUCGGUUCUCUCCAUGUUCUCGUUCCGAGAGCGACAUGGAUCUAUCUUAAGCGGUAUUACCGACAUCAUACCUGAGAACCUGCCUCUUCCGUCCUCGUUUGUACCGACUGCACCUAUCGUCCAAGAGAUUCUCAGGAGAGACAUAGCCGAGUGCUCGGAAGCAGACCACGACAAUGAAGACGAUGAAGAUGACCAAGCUCACGAGCAUCGCAGUGGAAGCAUCAGCCAUAGCCAAACGCCACCCCGUGAUAUUGAUGCCGGCCCAAGCCAUCAUCAUGCCCCAACCACAUCCUCAGAUGCCAAACUGGCUUUCCACCCUAACGGGGUUGCCUAUGGCCUCUCGGGCUUCUCGGCCGUCUCGAUCCAAGGCGUCGACCGUCCUGUCCCGAACCCACAGGAGCUGCAACAGUCUCUGGCUGCCGAGGUAGACCUUCUCCGAGACAACGACCUGAUCCCCGCACGCUCUUCAGGGCAGCGGCGUCGAAGCAGCGCCACCUUCUCCGGACGCAUGUACCGCCGCUUCCUGAGCACCCGGGUCCGCGACCACGACCAGCCUAUCGACAUGUUCUCCUCCGACGUCUUCCGAUCAUCCAGCCAGUCGGUCCCCCCGGACGAGCGGGCACCGCUGCUCACCCGCCCCCGCCGCCGCCGACCCAGCACCGACACGGAGGAGACGCUAGGCGAGAGCGACGGCGACUCGGAGGCGGUCAGCGACAGCGAGGAUGAGUCGGUCCCGACGCCGCCGGCGGAGCAAGUGCACCAGAAGUGGGACUCUGCAGUUGCUGCGCAGAUACUCCGCACGACGUGGCAGCGCGAGGCCAAGACGCUGGUGCAGUACUCUGCGCCGCUGAUCGUCACGUUCCUGCUCCACUACUCGGUGACGGUAGCGAGUGUGCUCACGGUCGGGCGCCUGGGCAUGCUGGAGCUGGCGGCGGUCAACCUAGCGACCAUGACGGCGUCCAUCACGUGCUACGUCCCCGUCCAGGGGCUGGCGACGUGCCUGGACACGCUCUGCGCGCAGGCAUACGGGUCCGGGCACAAGCACCUCGUCGGCCUCCAGGCGCAGCGCAUGACGUGGUUCCUGUGGAUGCUCAUGGUGCCCAUCGCCGUCCUGUGGUGGUUUUCGGGCCCCAUCCUGGAGAAGCUGGUCCCCGGCGAGGAGACGGCCGGCCUGUCGUCGCUGUACCUGAGGGUGCUCAUCCUCGGCAUGCCGGGCGUUGCGGCCCUCGAGUCGGGCAAGAGGUUCGUCCAGGCCCAGGGCCUGUUCCACGCAACGACCUACGUGCUGCUCAUCACGGCGCCGCUGAGCUUUUUCCUGAACUGGCUGUUUGUCUUUAGAUUUGGCUGGGGUUUCGCUGGGUCUGCCAGUGCCAUGGCCAUUGUACAGAACCUGAUCCCGAUCCUGCUGGUGUUUUAUGUUGUCUUUUUUGAGGGGAGAGAGUGCUGGAGUGGGUUCUCGUGGAAAGCUUUCAAGAACUGGGGUCCCAUGAUAAAGCUAGCACUCCCCGGCAUGAUUAUGAUUGAAGCACAGUUCUCGGUCCUUGAGAUCCUCACCAUCGCCGCGGGUCAACUUGGAACCGCUCAUCUCGCCGCUCAGAGUGUCUUGGUUACAGUUACCUCGACAUCGUUUAAUAUUCCUUUUCCAUUGGCCAUUGCAACAUCCACACGGGUUGCAAACCUCAUCGGAGCAAACCUCGGCGAUGCUGCUAGGACGACGACAAAAGUGGCUAUUUUUGCUGCACUUGCAGUCGGCGUCUUCAACAUGAUCAUGCUCAUUGCACUCCGCCGAGUCUUGCCCGCCGUGUUCACAGACGACGAGAGGGUGAUCGACAUUGCUUCCAAAACCAUGAUCGUCUGCGGAAUAAUGCAAAUCUUUGAUGCCCUGGCUGCCGUGUCACACGGCAUUCUCAGGGGCGUGGGCCGGCAGGCCAUCGGAGGCUACGCGAACUUGUUUUCGUACUACUUUGUGGCCCUUCCGGUCUCGCUCUCGACCGCAUUUGCGUUGGGCUGGAAGCUGAGUGGUCUGUGGGCCGGCUUGGUCUCUGGGCUUGCAGUCGUGUCUGCCCUCGAGCUGUUGUACCUGUACAACUCGGACUGGGAGAGUGCCAUUGCCCAGGCCGCGGCCAGGAUGCGUUCGGAGGAGGUCGAGAUCGUUGAGCCAAAGGCCGCAGGGACUUUGGGGCCGAACCAGUGA